AUGAAGGCCACUACCAUCCUCGCUACCCUCUCGCUCACCGCUUUGGGCGCCGCUAUACCAUCCCCCGACUCCCCUCCUACCGACACAUCCCCAUACAUCAAGUCCUCCUUCUCCUGGGUAGACUGGGUCGACAGCCUAAUUGCCGACCCAUCUACAGCCCUUACCACCGAAGAAGCUCUCGCCGCCUUCGAGGCCGGUGCCGAGAACCCCGAAGACCUUACCAAGCGUCAGGAAUUUGCAAACUGCCAACAGCUUACUUCGUUCCCUCCAUCCGUUGGCGACGCAGUGUCUUGUAUCAACGACUUGGCUGGACGCGGCAAGGCGGGUCAGAACUGCGAUGUUAGCAGUAUCGGAGGUACUGUGCAGUGCAGCAUUGGAAGUGCCCAUAUCGUUACCGUAAGGGGAGGUACUAAUGCUCCUACGAGCGUGAACUGCAACGAUAUUGCGCGUUCGGGCGGUAUUAUCAUGGACCGCUGCACACGCGGUGACAACACUGUUUCUGGAACUGCGUAUAUUCCCCAGGGCGGUGUUGCUGUACAUAUCCAGCAUUCUUAG